AUGUCGGCGACGGAGUACAUCAUAGACAGUAGUCUCCUGCUAAGCUCGUCCGAGUGCAUAGUCGUCGAUAAUCAACCGCACUCAUCGCCGUACCUACUAUUGAGCCCGCUCGGAUUUCAGAAAUUGCAAGACCAUUAUGGCUCACAGCUCGAGCGGACAACGGUGGAAACCUACGAGGAGGAGGAGAACUUGCAGGCUCAGGACCGAGUGCGGCCGGAGGAUGAAGCAAUGGCGCGGCUCGUGGCCACGUCGAAAUGGCUCUUUUUCUUUGCGUUGAAAGUCGGUGUUGCCGCAUAUAUCCUUGGCCUUAGACCUACUAAACACAUGAGGGAUAACUGGAUCCAGUACUUGAUCUUGCUUAUCGUGGGGCUUCACUCGUACGUCAUGUUUGCGCCCAGGUUGUCGCAGGUGAGGUUGACGUAUUUCACGCGGGUGGAGGAGAAGAUAGCGCAGGUUUUGGUUUACCGGACCCGCGAUUUCGAGUAUAUCGUGAUGGACCAGCCCGCGUGGUACGUUUCGCUUUAUUGCAACGCCGAGAACGUCGUCAAGGACGUGGCGGUGUUUGUGUUGACGCUCAUCCCUUCGUUCCUGAGCAGGAUGCAUGAAGAGUUGGAGAGACAGAAACGUCUAGAGUUGGACGAGUUUGCGGAGAGAAUGUGUGUUUUGUAUUAUCGUGACCCGACGCCCUUGAAGAAUAUCGAGCAGGCUUUAGAGGAGGCUGGAUUGGAUCCCGACUUAUCGGAGAUGGAGGUGCGCGAGAUCAAGUUUGAUUUGUUGGCUGAGUACCAUCUGUUGCUUAAGGAGAUUAACAGUAGGUAG